AUGCAGUUUUUGGGAGAGUACACUCUGCACACAUAUCUGCAACUGCGGCAGACCGGGUCGGCCCGCAAUGUACUGAUGCUCCCAUUUCAGGAGGUGCAGAGUAUUUUUGGAGAUAUUUUGAAAGCCAUCGCCCACUGUCAUGCAGCACAUGUUUGCCACCGUGAUCUGAAGUUCAAAAAUAUGAUGAUCGACGCCAACAGCCGCGUGACGAUGGUGGACUUUGGCUUGGCUGUGCAGGUCGCACCGGGUCAGGAGCUCCACGACUCCUGUGGCACGGUGCCCUUUGCCUCCCCAGAGGUGAUGACCUGCAGCUGCAGCAAGGGGUAUGAGGGGACAGCAGCCGACACUUGGAGUAUUGCCGUGUGCUUAGUUGAGUUGCUUUGCGGCCUUGGUACCGUGGAAAGCAUCAUUGGCCUUACGCCAGAUGAUGAAAACAACUUCGACCACAUUGCGCAGCAAUGCUUGCUCCUUUGCACAGACUAUGUGCAUCAGUUGGUGCUGUCUUACUCUGGAAAGGACGUGCAAGGAGGGCAUCGAAAUGACUUGGUGAAGACGAUGCGCGGUGUUUUCCGGGAGAAUCCCAAGAGCCGCAUGUCGGUCGCAGACAUUGGAGCCUUGGAGGCCUUCUCCGCGAAG